CAUUCACACAGCGCCAGACGCUUAUGCAAAUAGUCCGCUUGCCGCUCUGCUUUUGUAGAGACGCAUGAAAAACUCUCGGAUGUUGCUUAAGGAUUUUCUUGGCUCUCUUCUAAAGUGACAACUUUCUUGGGAUUUCACUGCAAGAAUCGGACCUAAUGGGCGGAUAAACUGCAUAAAUUUGCCUUGAAAUUUCCGAACCGUGCAGCUGGAUUAAAGUCAGCAUUUGAUAUUCAAAAUGAAUAAUUCCGUUAAAUGAUUAACUCCCCGGACCAAAGGAUUUCAAGUGAUAGCUUAGUGUUUCCUCUAGUGAGUGAAGAUGUAUCGGGGAGUGCAUGUGCUGGCAGCUUUGCUGGCUCUCAUGGUGCUGGCGCUUGUUGUGCCCAUGGGCCAGUCUUGCCCCAGGACCUGUAAUUGCUACCAGGCCAGUGAAGUCCACUGCACCUUCCGUUCACUGCCAGCUAUACCUCCCGGUCUGCCUGCACACACAAGACGCAUAAACUUAGGGUUCAACAGCAUCAAGAAGCUCCAUGACAAGUCUUUGGCUGGGUUAAAGAAGGUGGAGCUUCUGAUGCUCCACAGCAAUGAGCUCCAUCAUCUUACAGAUGCAGUGUUCAGAGAUAUGAAAUCACUACAGAUACUAAAGCUAAGCUAUAACAAGCUGAGAGAGAUCCCUUCAUCGCUGACCUUCUCUGGCCUGACCUCACUGCUGCGCCUGUAUUUGGAUCACAACCUCCUUCAGCACAUCCACCCUCGGGCCCUGCUCCAGCUGCCUAGCCUCAGGCUUCUUCGUCUACAAGGGAACAGGCUGCAUCAGCUGCACCCUCACACUCUAUGCACACUGUCCCUGCUGAAUACAUAUUACUUUUCCACCCUCAGACACCUGGACCUUUCCAACAACAGUCUAACCACCCUGCCAAAAGAAACUUUAGCAACAGCGCCUCUGCUGGAAACUCUUGUACUGCAGGCUAACCCAUGGAGUUGUGACUGUCGGAUGAACUGGUUUCUUACUUGGACUCUGGCUCAUCCAGGCUUGAUGAAAUGUCCUGGUAGCCCUCAGUGUCCAGUCUGUGGAUCCCCCAAUUCACUUCAAGGGCAGGGCUUGCUUGAACAGACUGCUUUACUGUGCAAUUCACCAGCCAUCCCCUCCCCUGGAAGAGAGGCACCUUUGGAGACAGAACUCAGUGAAAUCAAAUCAAGUGAGACCUUCAGAGAGCCCUUAGGCAGUGCCUCUUUGGGUCUAUCUGACCAGCAAGGGUAUAGUGUUGAUCUGAGUUGCAGCAUCACUCAAUCAUCUGACUCCCAAGAUAUUGCUCCUCCUCCAGAUCUCUCCCUGUCCUCAUCUUCUCUUCCGCUCUCUCUGUCGCUCUCUCUGGAGUGCCCUGUGGAGAGACAGAGCUAUGAGAAACUUUGGAGGAUUCUGGCUUACUACAGCGAGACUGCAGUUCGCCUCGAGAGGGAGAUCAUGCUGAGUAAAUCCCCAGCAUUGGCCUACCGCUAUAGGCAGGCAGCAGAGACAGAUGGCUAUUAUCACACUGGAGUCAAAGCUUCUGUUAAAGCCAGGCCUCAGUGGUUACUACAGCCAGCUAUUAGCAUUCAGCUAAACAGAUCACAGUCUAAUGGACAUAAAGUUCAGCUUAUAUACUCAACAAGAGUUUCUGCUCACCUUGACCCUACCUUUCACCUCUCCACAUCCUCUGCCGCUUCUCACCCUUGGGUGUUGAUUUCAACUAAUCGCACUACCACAGCACUGACGGCAGUAGCAGGCAGUCAAGUAGAGCUAUCCUGCCCACUUCUCACUUCUGGCAACCCCAAAGCACAGUGGAUCCUCUCAGAUGGAUCUGAGCUCCUCUCCCCCUCCAGUGCCCUAGAUGGCAGGCUCCGGGCUUCAGGCUCUGUUUUACUUCUACAAUCUCUACAGCUGUCAGAUGCUGGGAUUUACUACUGUGUUGCCAGGGCUGGAAGGGAUGUAGAUGUUCUUCCUCUGCGCCUGGCAGUGGAGGAGUCCUCUGUUCCACCUUCAGGAGAGCAAGUGGGGCCUCCUGUCAUGGGAACAGUUGGGGAACCUGUCACUCUGCCUUGUAGGAUAUCUGGUUCACCAGAGCCUUACAUAAGCUGGAUUUUGCCAGAUGGAACUAUAGUACAGCGAGGACCUGCUGUGUCAGGUGGACUCACCAUCGAAUCAAACGGGAGUCUCUAUCUGCCUAACCCUUCCCUGAGGGAUGGUGGUCAUUACCGCUGCACUGCAGUCAACCAAUAUGGUAGAGACGCUCUGUCAGUGCAGCUGAUAUUAAAUUCACAACAUAUCCCCAAGCUUAGGACUUCAUUUCCCAGAGGACCACAGUCUGCUGCUGGCCGGUCAACCAGGAUAAGAGCUCCUUUAUUAAGUGAGGUUGAUGAAGGAUCAGGGGACGGAGAGGAAGAGGGAACUCUUGUUGGCAAAACGAAGCACACAGUAUCUUUACAGGGAUCUCUGAACAGACGUUAUCAAAUUGGAAAGCCACGAAGGCGCGGACCUGUAAGAGAAGGCCCCCGGAGAAGAGGUAGUGGACCUUUUUCAUCCACUGACCAGAAGAGAAACCGCUUUGAGAACAGACAUAGAGUUAGCACAAACAAAAAAAGGAUAGACCCACAGAAAUGGGCUGACCUUUUGGCUAAGAUACGUCAAAAGACUAUGCUUGCUAAUCCCAGCCAGCUCAUCACAACAGAAAAGCCCACAACUGCACCAGUCCAAGAAGGAAAAGACACGGUCACAGUAGGACAUGAGAGAGAUAAUGAUGCAGAAGGAGGUAGAGGUCAGGGAGCAGGAGUCGAAGCAGAAACUGAAGGAUCAUCUGUUGAUGAUAUAGUUCUACAAGAGGAAGAGUUACAGCCCAUUCAGCCUGCUAACACAGGAAGCCAGAUAAAAACAGAGAUAAAAACAGAUACUGAAACAGACACUGAGACAGAAAAAGAUACAGAGAGGUCAACAGAAAAACAGAUAGAGAGUGAGACAGAGACACAUAGGCAGGCAGAGAUACCAGGUUCACAAACACAGACAGCAGCAAACCCAGUGACACAGAAAGCACAGGUCACAUCUUAUCCAGUGUCAGGAACAAAUGAAAUUGCCCCAGGACCAGUUGAAGGACAUGAGCGGGAAAUGAACCCCAAUCCAUCAAGAACCAGACCGCAGAAUCCUCGACACCAAUCCUUCCCUAAUUUGGUACCAAACUCACGCCCUAAAAGCCCUUGGAACUCAAAAAGGAAGAUUGGACAGUGGAGAAUCAUCAACAGACCCAGGAUGCGACCUUUCACCCCAACCCAACCUCCCCUUAAACCUACAAACCCAAGAACCCCAACUGUGACACCUGACACUACCGCAAAUCAAAUCAAUGUGUUGUUGCUGGUGCCAACAAUCACAUCUCCAGCAAUUUUGUUGACACAAAGUGACCAUAUUAACACAGCUCCAAAUGAUGUUGUUCUGAAUCCUUCUAACUCUUUUGGUAUAUCCUCUUCCAAAUCUGCCUCCCCCUCACAGACUCCCUCCCCCCCGUAUACAAAAACAUACACACCUACAGCUACGAUGACUCACUCAGGCAAGAAACCAGACACUGAAAAGAUACGAGACAGUGAAGAGAUACCAGACACUGAAGAGUCCACUCUUUUCAGCACACCAGCACCCACUCAUUCUAAUUUUGUCAUUUCAGAAACACAUACCUUUACACACAGUAUACAAGAACACACAGAAACACAAACAGCCUUAGGCAAAUAUGUUGACACACCCCCAAGCAAACACAGUGAAGAGCUGGGGAAGAAUUUUGUGAGUGUGCUGUAUGAGUCUUCCUCUCCAGUGACUCACUUCUCCCAUGUUUCCUCAGUUUCCAGUGCAGCUACUGCAAAAACUGUAACAACUCCUACAACUGCCCCUAAAAUUUUUUAUUCUGCUACCAAUGCUGGCAGCUCUAAAAGUACAUCUUCUACUCUGACUAAUGAGUACAAGCUUCCCACAACAACUGCAAUUAAUCCUAGGAUUAAAAGUCCCACUAUAUCUGCUAGAACUAUUAGUCCAACAUCUAGCACCACCAGACAAACUGCAACUGCUUCUGCCUCUACUACUACCACUGCCGCAACACCUGUUCUCACAUCUACUACUCCCACUACUGUUUCUACAGCUGAAGUCUCUACCACUACAAUAAACCCCAAUAAUUAUGUUUUUAUUACAACUACUGAUCCUAGCACUACUAUUAGUAGCUCUUCAGUCUCAUCCAAUGUUACGCCCAGAAUUCCUGACCCUCCAUCUACUGCUACUGCUUCUACUACAUCUGAAACUACUACUACUGCUACUACUACUACUACUACUACUACUACUAGUACUACUACGACUUCUGCAGGUACCAUUUCAGCCAAAAUUCCCUCAACUUCUAGGGCAGCUACAUCUAAUACACAUCCCAGAAUUGCAGCAACAAUGACAUCAGCAAAUACCAAAACAUCAUCCAGGGAGAGGCCAAACGUCAACCUAGCUGACCCCAGAGAGAGGGUUGCCUCCGGUGCUCCAAAUCAGAGUCGGCCCCCCACUGACUGGAAAAAUGUCGGAGCCAAUUCAAUUCCAGAUUCACACAGCAGCAGGACUAACUGGUCCCCUUCAUUCCCCGUCGCUCCUGGGGCUCCAGUUGUGAGAUCCAGACCAAGGAUUCCAGACCCACACAUCAGAACAGUGUCAUUUCCAGCAGAGAGCACUGCUAGGCUGGCUUGUGAAGCUGAAGGAGAACCAAAACCCACCAUCACCUGGAUCAAAGUCGCCACAGGAGCGGUGAUGUCAGUCCAAUCCAGGGCUCAACGUUUUGAGGUCCUGUCAAACGGCACCCUUGUUAUCCAGAACGUUCAGCUGCAGGACAGGGGCACAUACAUCUGUAGUGCACAAAGCGUACUGGGUCGUGAUAGGUUGCUAACUACCCUGGAAGUGUGGACCCGCCCCCCUCGUAUGCAGUUGACUAGUUACAGAGAAGCCACCAUUCAUCAGGGUGGAGAAGUGCACUUGGAGUGCCAGGCGGAUGGUGUUCCCACCCCUCUGCUCUCGUGGGUUCUGCCUGAUCGUUCUGUCAUGACACCUGCUGGCCCCUCCACCAGUCGAAUCAGUGUGGACACGAAUGGAACUCUUCAUAUUUCAGGAACUUUGCCCAGUGACCGAGGAGUGUAUCGCUGCGUGGCCUCCAACUCAGCAGGUGCUGCCAGUACCUCUGUGCGUGUACACGUGUCCUCGUUACCCCCAGUGAUACAGCAAACCAGAGAGGAACACCUGCUCUUGUCUCCAGGGAUGCCACUUUAUGCUCACUGCUCUGCCCGAGGUGCCCCUCCACCAACUCUCCGCUGGCGAAUUCCUGAUGGGACCCUUGUUCGCCCAUCCCAGUUUCUCCAUGGCAACCUCUUUGUGUUGACCAAUGGGACACUGCAUAUUCGAAAAGUUGGGCCAAAGGAUUCUGGGAGUUAUGAGUGCACAGCAAGUAAUGCCAUAGGGACUGAUAAGAGGACAGUGAGGGUAAAAAUUGAAGGAGAAGGAGAAAGAAGACAGGGAGAAGUAAGACAUCAAGGGGUAAAAGCUGUUGCUACUGAAAAACCAUCUUCUUCAUCUUCAGUCAUUAAAGACAUAAGUUUGACUAUCCCUAACCAGCCCUCAAAUCCAUUCAGCUCCCCUGCAUCUCCCGUGGAAAAGUCCAAGGCAUCUCACACUCCAAGCUCACCUCACUCCUCAUCCAACUCUUACCAGUUCCCUAACUCAUCUCCUAAAUUUAAUAAAACAGUCACUGCCUCCCACACACACUUUACCAGUGUCAAAAAAACAAAUUCUUCUUCUCUUUCCCCACAUUCCACUGGAUCAAUAGAUAAUCAUAAAGUCUCACCCAGUAUAAACAACUCAAGAGUUACUUCCGCUUUCCCCACUGACAGGAGAGCCUCUGCUGUUUUGAAUCCCUUGCCCCUCUCUCCUUUCAGCAAAGCUCGUAUUGUUUCUACAUCACCCUCCAUAUCUGCUGUCCACCAUGGGGGGAUUUUGCAGCUUCACUGCUCUGUAACUGGCAACCCAGUCCCUAUUAUUAUCUGGAGGACCCCCAGCAGGAAGCUAGUAGACAUGCACUUCAGUUUUGACCGGCGUCUGAAGGUGCAUCCUAAUGGCACCUUGUCAGUCCAAGCAGCAACAGAACAGGAUGCUGGCGACUACCUAUGUAUCGCACGCAACAAGGUUGCAGAUGAUUAUCGCCUCCUGCGUGUUACUGUGUCCACCAAGCCUGCCAGGAUUGAACCAAAACAACCACUCAUCCAGACGGUAUCAGUUGGCAAACCGCUGAAGGUGGACUGUCAGGCAUCAGGGCUUCCUGACCCAGCUGUCCGCUGGAGCUUACCAGAUGGAACCGUGGUGAACAGCGUGUUGCAUGGGGAAGACAGAGGAGGGCGAGAACAACAGCUAACAGUGUUUAGCAAUGGGACAUUACUGGUUCCAGCAGUAGGUGCUGGAGAAGAAGGAGAGUAUACGUGUUAUGCUGAGAAUCAAGGAGGUCAAGACACCAUGAAGGUCAAAGUAAAGGUUAUGAUUACAUCUACACCAACCUUUGCUGAUGACAGAAGCUACCACGUCAUGAAAAUACGUCAGGGAGCAACUGCCCGAAUUCCCUGUCAAGCCACAGGAAAUCCUGCCCCUACGGUGGCAUGGUUUUCCCCGGCAAACCGUCUCAUCCCACGAAGUUUGGGGUCUGGUUAUUAUUUUGAAAGAGUAGUGGUGGUCUCAGAUGGAACUCUGGAGGUGCGCCUAGCUCAAAAAAUCGACACCGGAAACUAUACGUGCCAAGCGAGCAGCUCAGCUGGGGAGAGAAGCAGGGUGGUGAGGCUCGAGGUGGAGACGUCUACCUAUGGACUGAAUGGCCAAGUGGGAGGAAGAGGUUGGAGCAUUCACAGUGGGACUGGCACCAGAUCAGGGGACAACAUUAACAAUGGUGGGAUAAUCCAGGAUGGAUUGUCUGGGAUAACAGACAAGCAGCAUAACAAUAACAACAGCAAUGGUGGCUAUGGUGACAAUGAUAAUGAGAGGAUAAGAAACAUUGUACCAAGCAAUGGUGUUAAUUUAGCAAUCAGUGGCUCUAAUCCUGUUCCUAAGAAUGAUAGUAAAAAUGGGUUUAACAGGCUUGUAAGCGGAAUUACAACAAAACCAAGCAGCAGUGGAAUCAGUGUGGGGGUGAACCAUCCAAGAAAUACUAGCAUUAAAGCAGAUAAUACUGGAAUUAAUACAAAUAGACCUGAUAUUAUACACAACAGUAACAGUGUAGGUAACAAUCGCAGCACAGUUAGAGAAGGUAGUGCUGAAAGAAUUCCUGCACAGAAUAACAAUGAAGUCAUUGCGGGAAGGGCUAGUAAUGACGCUAAUACGAGCAGAGAAAAUGGCAGGUUAAGUGGUAAUUCGAGAAAUGCUGGAGGCUUUAGUGGCAGUGGGUCUAAUAAAGCAGUUGGGACAAGCACACUCAGAGGGAAUGACUUUAGUAGGAGCAGUAAUAUAGGAAGGACCGAUGACAGCAGAAGAAACAGUGGUGGGUUAAGUAGUAAUACAGAUCCUAAAAACACCACCAACGCAGUACUGGGUGUGGUAACAACGGUGAAGCAGCGAGCAGUCAAAGGCCAAACAGUUCUUUUGCCAUGCCCUUCCCAAAAUUCCCAUCAGUCCCGUCUGUUCUGGCUUCUGCCCGGCAGUGGUAUGUUGCCAGCUCCUUACUAUGGCAGUCGUCUCACUGUGUACCGAAAUGGCACGUUAGAGCUGCGGGGUGUUCGAGGGAGUGAUGGUGGUGUCUUGGUUUGUGUAGUGAGAAGUGUGAAAGGAGAAAUGACAGUACGGGUGGAGCUGGAGGUGUUAGAGCGACAGGAGGAGGUCAGAAAUCCACACAGAGGGGAAAGGGUUGGUUUAACUAAAGGGCCUCUCUCAAAAGAUUUAGUGGAAUCAGAGCAGUCCUUGAGCUCAAAACCAACAUCACCUGUACUUUACCCAAGAAUCUCAGUUACUCAAAAGCCUCAGCAAAGUAGACUGAGAUUGCCUGCACCACCUCACCCAGUUGGCCCCCCAUCCUCCACUGGCAAAGUCUCAGAGCCAGCAGUGAAUACCAGAACAGCUCCCCUUGUGAGCAUCAUUAAUGGAGAGACCCUUCAACUGCCUUGCCCUCAAACACCUGGAGAUACCCGGGGCUCUCUCUCAUGGACCACACCCAGUGGCAAGGUGCUGUUCCAGGGUGAGAGUGGUGACUCAGGCCGUUCCUUAGUCCAAGAAGAUGGAACUCUAACAGUGCAACAUGCCUCUGUGUUUGACCGUGGCACCUACACCUGCAGAUCCACAAGUUAUGACUCUUCCUCAGUUUUAGUCAUCACAGUGCCUGUUAUUGUCAUCGCCUACCCUCCGCGCAUCACAACAGGCCCUUCCCCCGUGACCUACACUCGCCCUGGGGUUGCUGUGGAACUGCCCUGCCUGACCAUAGCAACACCCCGUGCGACAGUUACCUGGGAAACACCAGACCUGAUGCAGCUGAGGGUUAUGGCUCAGCCUCGUAUUUAUGGGAACCGCUACCUUAGCCCUCAAGGUUCCUUAGUGAUACAAAACCCGACAAGCAGAGAUACAGGAUUUUACAAAUGCACCGCAAAAAAUGUGAUAGGAGUGGACACCAAGGCAACCUACCUGCACGUUAUAUAACUGGAUGAUGCAAACACACACACAUAAACAGUCUCAUGUAAUAGAAAAAACAGAGACUCCACCAGUCUUUUAUACUGGAGCAUAACCUGUUUGUCUGUUAACAUUAUGUGUCCCUGAUGCCCAAAGGAACUGCAAACCUCUGUGUGGGAGACACUGAUAAAUCUCAGAAAGGACACACUGCUGAUAUACAGUGUAAGUCUCAUGUAUGUAUUUUCAAUGUAUUUUUUUGUAUGUAAUUUGUUGUCAGUACUGUGUUUUGGAUCAGGGAUUGAAAAAUUCCUUGAAGAUACGUUUUACGUGGGUGGUGUUACACACUUGGUGUCUCAUUGGCCUAAAUCCUAUUUUUAAUUAGUGCUUGUUUCAUCAU